AUGGCUCCGGCUUUCCUGGACCUGCUGUCUGCGGCGGUUGCGCUGGGCGCCUACUGCGCGCUGCUGUUCCAGCUCAAGGCGCUGCUAGUGUUUGACCCGUCGGAGCCGCCGCCGCGCCUGCUGGGCCGUGCCCUGCGCGCCGGCGCCAGCGGCCUGUGCUGGGACGUCAGCCGGCUGCCCUCGCGCACCGCCCGCGCCUACAUCGCCACCGGCAUUGGCAUGCUGUGGAUCGGGCUGGGCGGCGCGCUGCUGCUGGCCACAGAGUUCCUCACAGACCGCCUGUCGCUGUCUGUGUACUACGCCCUGGCAGCAUCCUGCAUCACCUGUGGCGCCUUCACCACGCACGGCCUGGCCGGCUUCCUGAGGCACAGCGGGCCCCGCGGCGGUGGCGGCGGCGGCGAUGCCGGCGGCGCCGCCGCUGCCAGCUCGCCUUGGCACUUCUGGCAGCCCUUCCAAGGCGGCUCGGCCUUUGUGCUGGCGCAGGCGCUGGGGUGGGCCCUCUACUCGUCGGCGCUGGUGGCAAUCAUCUACCUGCUGUGGCAGGCGGUGGCGGGGGUGGCCUACUGCGUGAGGUGCUGGGCGGUGGCGGCGGGGGCGGUCAUGUUCACGUCAGAGCUGCUGCUGGCGGCGUCGCUGCUGACUUACCGCGGGCAGAGCGUGAUGAAGGCGGCGCAGCACAUGGCGCCCCCCUCCCUCACCAGGGCCGGCCUGCGCGAGCGCCUCCUCAACACUCUCGUCAUCGCCAUGCUCUAUGUGCCGAUGCACAUCUUCUGCUCCGUGGUGGCCCUCACCUUCAUGGCGCUGCCGCCCGCUCACGCUGCCGCGCUGUGGGGUGGCGGCCUGUUUGUCUACUACAGCGUCACGGCCUUUGGGCAGCCGGAGCACACGGGGCGGCGGGAGUGGCCCGCCAUGCAGGCGUGGCUGGGCCAGCAGCUGGAGCGCUUCCUCCCCGCCUGGCUCGGCUCGUUUGAGGUGGUGCUGGAUGGCGGCAAGGACACGGCGCAGCAGUUUGACCCGCAGCGGCGCUAUGUGUUUGGCUUUGUGCACCACGGCCUGUACCCGCUGGGCGCCGGCUACAUCCCGCUGAUGCCCUCCUUCCGCCGCCUCGUCCCCGUGCGCCCCGUCACCCUCACCGCCUCGGUGUGCGUGGCGGUCCCGCUGCUGCGCGACAUUGUGCUGUGGCUGGGGGCGCGCAUCGUGUCGCGGCGCACGUUUGAGCACACGCUGCGCGAGCGGCGCGCCGUGCUCAUCUGCCCCGGCGGGCAGGCCGAGAUGUGCCUCACCAACAGGCUGCACAGGCACAAGGAGUACACAGUCUACACGGGGCACAAAGGGUUUGUGCGCAUCGCGCUGCAGCAGGGCGCUGCCCUGGUGCCCAUGCUGGUGCUGGGGGAGGCGGACAGCCUGCACAACCUGAUUGAGUGGCCCUCGCUGCAGCGCUGGUGCACCAGGAAGCUGGGCUUCCCCAUCCCAUUUGUCAUCGCGGGCCGCUGGUGCCUGCCACUGCCGGCCCCCACGCACCUCAAAUUUGUGGUGGGCCAGCCCAUUGAGGCGCCCAAGCUGGAGCGCGAGGGCGAGCCCAGCCAGGCGGAGGUGGAUGCCACGCAUGCCCGCUUCUAUGCCGCCGUGGAGCAGCUGUGGGCCACGCACGCCGACACCUUCCCCGGCUACCAGGGCGUGAAGCUGCGCUUGGUCAGGUAG